AAAAAUGCACCGCUAGUAUAGAAAUUUGUAGUGGUGGAAAGUUACGUAUGAUUACGUACGGCUCUUCGAUAAUUUAAAAAAUACUCUCACAAUUAUCGUUACAAUUACGUAUGAUGAAUGUAUGUUAAUAAUAGAAAUCAUAUUAACACACGAAAAUGUUGAUGGAAUUAAACAGUUGAUUAGAAUUAAGGUGCUAUCAUGUUAUUUAUUAUUCAUUCAUUAAAAAAUUGUCGGCACGUAUGCAGCUUUGUGCCAAAAUUUUCCAUCAUGUGUUCUGGUUCUCAAAGGCAAAAGUCAACAAAGACAAUGUGCAUGGAAAAAUCAGUACAAAUUGUGAAAGACAGUCGAUUGCAAAUUGGUGCAACGACUUCAACAAUUCCUUUCUUUGCUAAAAAAAAUAAUGCAAAUAAAAUUGAUAAAAGUCCACCUGAAGUAAAAGAAUCAGAAUGGACACCUAUAAUGAUCGAUUAUACCAAGCUACAUAAGCAUUAUCUCAAAUUGUCAAAGAUUAAAUUAACAUCUCUUGUUGUAGCAACAACUAUGGCUGGAUAUGCAUUAGCUCCUGCACCAUUCGACUUUUAUACAUUUGCAAUGUGUUCUUUGGGCACAGGUUUAGUCUCCGCUACUGCAAAUGCAAUAAAUCAAUUUUUUGAAGUUCCUUUUGAUGCACAAAUGUCGCGAACAAAAAAUAGAGUAUUAGUACGUGGUCAUUUGACGCCUGUUCAUGCAGUAGCAUUUGCAGCGGUAUCUGGUAUUGUUGGAUUAUCUAUACUCUAUUACGAAGUAAAUGCUAUCACGGCAGUGCUGGGUGCUACCAAUCUUGUUUUAUAUACACUCGUAUAUACUCCCAUGAAACGUAUCAGUAUUGUCAACACAUGGAUUGGCUCUGUUGUAGGAGCUAUUCCUCCUCUUAUGGGCUGGGCAGGUUGUGCUGGUAGCAUAUUGACACCAAGUGCUUGGAUCUUGCCUGGUAUUUUAUAUGCAUGGCAAUUUCCACAUUUUAAUGCUCUUUCGUGGAACUUGAGGCCGGAUUAUUCACGAGCUGGCUACCGAAUGAUGGCUGUUACAAAUCCAGAUCUAUGCCGUAAAACAUCUUGGAGAUACACAGCAAUUCUAACAAGUUUGUGUUAUUUAGCUCCUAUAUUGGAUGUAACUCAUUGGUGGUUUGCACUAACCUCAACACCAGUCAAUGCAUCUUUCCUGUAUCUAGCUUGGAAAUUUAAUGAGCAUUCGGAUAGUGCUAAUUCUAGGAGAUUAUUUCGAUUUUCAUUACUUCAUCUACCUUUGUUGAUGAUGUUGAUUUUCUCGAGCAAAAAAUAUUGGGCCAAUACUGAGAAACAGGGAGAUAAAAUCGAAUCUAAUUAUAGCGAAUCAACAAAGAAAAAUGAUUUAUUGACUAUUUUCACAGCACCUAUCGCUACAGCAACUUCGUCUGUAUAGUGAUAAUUUCAUCACUAUUGAACUCAUCAGUGAUAGUACAAAUUAUACAAAAUCGUCAUAAAUUUCACAUCUCUAUGAGAUUUCUAUAUUACCUCAUUAGCUUUUCGCAAUAUAAUACUGUAUAAAACAGAUUGUAGACAUAAAUCAACAUGCUGAAUUUGUGUAAAUCUAGUAAUCAAUAAAAACAAAAAUGACG